GAGCUGGUACCCUCCUGGUCACGGAGAUGUCUACAACUCCCUCAAGAGGAGCGGACUCCUGGAAAGGUUCCUGGAGGAGGGCAAGGAGUUCAUCUUCAUCUACCUGGGAGCCACCGUCGACCUCGGUAUCCUCAACUUUCUACUGCAUCCUCCGAAGGACUCGGUGCCAGCAGAGUUUGUGAUGGAGGUGACAAACAAGACGAGGUCGGACGUGAAGGGAGGCACUCUCAUUAACUACGAGGGAAACCUACACCUCCUGGAGUUUGCUCAGGUGCCGAAGGACAACGUGGACGAGUUCAAGUCCAUCAAGAAGUUCAAGGUGUUCAACACCAACAACCUGUGGGUGAGUCUGAGAGCCAUCAAGAGACUGCUGGACGAGGAGACCAUGAGGGUGGAGGUUAUCGUCAACAGGAAGAGUCUGGAUGGAGGAGUGAAUGUGAUUCAACUGGAGACAGCUGCUGGUGCUGCUAUCAAGAACUUCAAUGGAGCAGUUGGUAUCAAUGUUCCUCGGAGUCGUUUCCUGCCAGUGAAGAAGACGUCGGAUCUGCUGGUGGUCAUGUCCAACCUGUUCCAGCUGAGAGACGGGACUCUGGUCCAGAACCCAGCCCGGCUCUACCCUGAACUACCCCUCGUCAAACUCGGAGAACACUUCUUCAUGAAGGUUCGUGAGAUGCUGGAGAGGUUUGAGAACAUUCCAGACAUGUUAGAGUUGGACCAUCUCACAGUGUCUGGGCUUGUCGUUACACAGGGCACAGUAAUCAUCAUUGCUAAUCAUGGGGACAGGAUCGACAUCCCCUCUGGAGCCAUGCUAGAGAACAAGAUAGUGUCAGGAAACCUCCGGAUCUUGGACCACUAG